AUGGUCGUUCAAAUUAUUCAAAUUACUCAAGUUCAAUCAUUCGAGCGUCUUUCAUUCACUCAUGUUACAGUACAUGUCAUUUCAAGAUUACAAAACAAAGCUACAAAGGCCCUAUUGAAACUUAGGGGCAUUAAUUAUAAAUGGCAUGAGUUUUUCAAUAACACCAACAGAGUUGCAGUUGUUUUGCUAUGGUUACCUGUUGUGCUGAUAUACUUCAUGGAUUUGCAAAUAUGGUAUUCGAUUAUCUCUACCGUUGUUGGUGGUACGAUUGGUUUGUUUUCACAUUUGGGUGAAAUUCGGAAUAUCUCACAACUAAGGCUUCGGUUCCAGUUCUUUUCCAAUGCAAUGCAGUUCAAUCUGAUGCCAGAGGAGAAGCUACUAAGUCAGCAGGCAACGUUGCUGAGGAAGCUUCGCGAUGCCAUCCAUCAGUUGAAAUUACGAUACGGACUUGGUAAACCCUUCACAAAAAUUGAAUCAAGCCAAGUGGAUGCCACCAGGUUUGCUUUAUUAUGGAAUGAGAUUAUCAUAACUUUUAGGGAGGAAGAUAUCCUUAGUGAUCGAGAACUAGAACUCUUGGAACUGCCACCAAAUUGCUGGAAAAUUAGGGUAAUUCGAUGGCCGUGUUUCCUUCUAUGCAAUGAGCUACUACUUGCUCUCACUCAGGCAAAAGAGCUGGAAAAUGAGUCUGACACAUCACUUUGGUUGAAGAUAUGCAAGAGUGAGUAUCGCCGGUGUGCUGUCAUUGAAGCUUAUGAUAGCAUUAAAUACUUAUUUCUUAUGAUUCUUAAAGUUGAUAAGGUAGAGUUUUCCAUUGUGACUAAUAUAUUCAGGGAAAUAGACUACUACAUUCAGGAGGGUAGGUUAACAGAAAAGUUCAAGCUAUCGCAUCGCGAGCUUGUUGGUGUGACUGAUAUAGAUAGGUGGACUCUUCAUCUAGCUAGAAGGCCUGUUAAAGAGUUUGUGCUGGAAAUCUGGAAAGGGCAACGUUAUAAGAUACCUUCGUGUUUAUUUUCUUGUCAAGGUUUACAUCAUCUAGAAUUAUUUAACCGUUGGAUUAAACCCCCAUCAUCUUCUACUGAGAAAACACAGGAUAAUUCAAAUGCUGCUUCAACACAAGUCCUACUGGCCACUUGGAACUCAACCUGUAAAAUCGCAUCAAAACAAUCCACAAUCAGAACCAAAACUAACAAGCCAAUGACAUAA